GGAGGGCGGACCGUGCGUGCGGCGGACGGACGCCACCACUCGGAGGAGGUGCAGAAGCCCUCUGGACACUGGUAUCCGCUCCUCACACCCUUACCUGUGGGCCCGAUGUAGCUGAUUGUCAUCUCCUCUGCAAUGAAGAGAAGCUGCUCCAUCGUCACAAAAAUGGACUGAAGGUAAUCCAGAAGAGUGAGUCACACUAGGAUGACAGCUGGGCUGAUGACCAGCAUGGCUACUUGUUCCUGAAUCAAAGAUGCAUGCUCCCUCUUUGGAUCCAUCCCUCUGACCACCAAUGAGCCGAUCCAACCUUCCAUCAGUCCCAUCUCCACCUCCACUGUUCCCUAUUUUUUCAUCCCCUCUCCCUCACUGAGCCCCUCUGACCUACUGCAUGCCUGACAGAUAGACAGAGAGAAGGAUUUGUAGGCUAUUUGAUUGGACAAUUCCUCCCCGCUAUUCAUGAAGUGUCAGCAGGAACAAAUGCAGCACGGGGACGACAGUCAAAGGGAGCCAGAGUGGGUGGAGCCCAGUUCAGGUCCUGGAUUUAGAGGAGUUUCAGGGGGGUCACAAGGUCCAGGGUUGAAGAGGGCCUCAUCCCAGUCAGAGCACCCUUCCUUCAGUAAGAUGAGCCAGAACGCCAGGGAGAGCAUGGGGGUUCUUGGCCAGGGUUUGAAACAGCUGUUCCAGCAACAGCGCAAACGUCUCUCCCUCUCUCGCUCCACCAUCACCUCCUCAUCUUCCUCAUCAUCUUCCUCUGUGGUGUCAGCAGGUGGAACGUGCCCCUCUGCCCCCGAGGACGCGUCGGGGUCCUGCUUUUAUGACUCUGACCGUGUCUCUGCUCAUGUGGUUCCUUCUGCAGCUGGCUUGGGCUCAGCUGCUGCGGGCAUGAUGAGGCGUGGGACCAGCCUGCAGAGCCGCCGCAGUAAGGGGUCCGGGUCGGUAUCGGUAUCUGGGAGCGGAGACCGGGAUCCCCUACUGAGAGGUAGCCCCCAGGCCCCGCACCGCAGAUACACCCAUGAUCCGCAGCAGCACACCAGCCGCCCGCGCUCCUCCUCCACCACCGACACCACACCCAGCAGCCCUGCCCCCGGCGGUGAUGUGGUGCUGUCGUCAGGGUACCAGUCUACGGAGGAGACGGACAGGAUUGACCGGCUGGAGGUGAGCGGGCUGGGUCAGACGCCGCUGGCUGUUUCGUGUGGGGCGGACGGCUCGUUUCCCGGGGGCGACGAUGGCACCCCAGACCCUCAGCGCACCAAGCAGGCUAUUUCCCAGCUGCAGCAGAAAAUCCUUAAGCUCACGGAGCAGAUUAAGAUCGAGCAGACAGCCAGGGAUGACAACGUCGCAGAAUACCUCAAACUGGCCAACAAUGCCGACAAACAGCAAAGCACACGCAUCAAACAGGUUUUUGAGAAAAAGAACCAGAAGUCGGCGCAGACCAUCCAGCAGCUGCAAAGGAAACUGGAGCACUACCACCGGAAGCUUCGGGAAGUGGAGCACAACGGUAUCCCGCGGCAACCCAAGGAUGUUCUGCGGGACAUGCAGCAGGGCCUGAAGGAUGUCGGAGCCAAAGUCACAGGCUUCAGCGAGGGCGUGGUGGACAGCGUCAAAGGAGGCCUGUCCAGCUUCUCGCAGGCCACCCACUCGGCCGCCGGCGCCGUCGUCUCCAAACCUCGGGAGAUCGCCUCUCUUUUCCGCAACAAAUUCGGCAGCGCUGACAACAUCCCCUCGCUGAAAGACUCUCUGGACGACCCCUCCGUGGAAGAAGCUGUGACAAGCGGACGUUCUCUGGGCAGCGCUGGUCAUCACCUCCAGUCUAGCCCCAAGUACGGCAGCGAGGACGACUGCUCCAGCGCCACAUCAGGAUCAGCAGGCGCCAACAGCACCACCGGCGCCCCCGGAGGUCCCCCCAGUUCUAAGGGCAAUACGCUGGAGAGGAGCCAAAGCUCCAGCCUGGACAUGCUGCUGCAGGAGGUGCAGGAGUUGAGGGAGGGCCAGGCAAGGCUAGAAGAGAACCUGGACGGAUUGAAGAGCCACUACCAGAGAGACUACACAGUUGUUAUGCAAGCACUGCAGGAGGAGCGCUUCAGGUGUGAGCGUCUGGAGGAACAGCUGAACGAUCUGACAGAGCUUCACCAGAACGAGAUCCUCAACCUCAAACAGGAGCUGGCCAGCAUGGAGGAGAAGAUCGCGUACCAGUCCUACGAGAGAGCCAGAGACAUCCAGGAGGCGUUGGAGGCUUGUCAGACAAGGAUCUCUAAGAUGGAGCUCCAGCAGCAGCAGCAGCAGGUCGUCCAGUUGGAGGGUCUGGAAAACGCCACAGCCCGGACCCUCCUGGGAAAACUUAUCAACGUGCUGCUGGCCCUCAUGGCCGUCCUCCUGGUCUUUGUCUCCACCGUGGCCAACUGCGUGGUCCCCCUGAUGAAGACGCGCUCCCGCUCCCUGUCCACCCUCCUCCUCAUCCUCCUGCUGGCCUUCCUGUGGAGGAACUGGGACGCGCUCUCGGGGUACACGCACCGCGCCCUGCAGCCCCCGGGAUGACCAGAUCGAGAGUCGGUGCAUUUUGCUUCGGUGACGCCGUGCGACGUCGCGGCGUGCGGGAGGUUUGGAGAGCGUGGCUGCCGUUAAGAAGGCUGCGUGGCCGUGCGCUGAAGCUUCGACCAGGCACGUUCAGACCCAACCUUGCUUUCGAGAUGAAAAGGAGGAAACUGAGUGAAGUUGAGGACACUUGCAUUUACGAAGGAUGAGACUGUUUACAUUUUUGAAAAUGGACUAUCGUGUUGUCUCACAGAAUGCAGCAUUUUACUGUUUUUAUCUUUAGGGUUUAAUCAAUUAUAAUAUUAUUUCUAAUAAUAUUAUUUUUAUUUUCAAUGUUAUUUUAUUCAGUACCAUGUAGCAUUACGCUCCCCUGACACCACAUGAAGGGGAGUUUAGUCAGGAAACUGGGCCGGCGCGUCGCCCCACAAGGCCCAGUCUAAUUGUAGAGACGUGCAAAUGUGAGAAUGUGGUUGAUUGCCUUUAGGAAGAGAACUCUUACCUAGCUGUGAUUGGUAGAUUUGAACCAAGGCUGAAAACCUUCCUGGGAGUUGCUCCUUUCUUGCUGUGAUGAAAUUUGUUCAGACGGAACACUUUGAAUGACUGAACAUGACUUUGGAGCGUCAUGACUAUGGACACUUUGUGCUUCCUUAGCAUUACUAAUAGCAAAUAUCACAAGCUUUUAAUUAUGUCGUUUUUUGUUUAGGUUAAACAAGACAAACUGUGUUAAAAUGGGGAGAUUGUGAAUGACACACAAAGACUCUAGAGGUGAAAGCUAUGGAGGGUUGCUUACCAUAGAAAACAGCACAGAAACACUGAGAACAUCUGGCUACUGUCAAGUAUCUGCCAUAUUUGCAGCAUGGAUACAUGUGGGCUGCAUGUCGUCAUUAAGAAAAUUACUGAAGAACCCGUUUUGCUUUUAAAAGCAAUGACAAAGAGCCGUUGUCCAAGUAAAAUGAAUUUGCCAGGAUAAUUGGCUCCCCUUACGCCAUACUUGAUGUGAUCAGGUUAGGAAAGAGAGACCACUGGUGCUCAUCCAGCUCUAUCUCAGUUGGAUCAGGAAUGCUGCUGCUUCAUAUCUACAGUCCAAGUCGUCUCCACUGCCAUGCCAGUCAGAUGCACACUGCCUGUAAGUGAUAUUGUACUACUACUAACACAUUCUUCCUGUGUAUUAUCUGUGAGGUCGUCCCUUUGUUUUCUACAAGCACUCUUUCUUAAGGUGUAAUCACCCAGUGCCAAACUUUAAUUAACCCCAGGGAUGCCGGAGCACCCAAAGGGUCCAAGCUGAGGGGACAGAAAGAAGGACGAACGUUGCUCAGCAUUUUUUUCCACAUACGCCAUGAAUGUCUUGCCAGGUUGUCAAGGAUGUGUCUUUCUUUCUUUUUUUUUUGGGAGAUGUAACUUUUGCAAGGGAAAAGUUAUUUGCAAUCCGAACAUGACUCGAGGUCAGUUACGUGUUCCUUCAGUGAGUACAGUUAUUAACUGAGCAGCCUGACUAUUUUCCAUACUCUCUGUUUCUCAUCUCGUCAAGGACACUACAAGAUGACCUGGCGCAUUUAAUACCCCCACCCUGCAUUUCAUGCUGAGACGCUGAUUUUCUCGCAGAUAGCGCCGUCAUUUGAACUGUACAGUCGCACUUUAGCACACUGCUAGAUAGCAUGUAGGUCAGGCUGGGGCUUCUUUAAGAGAGACUUCAAAGGUUGUCACUCUUCAGACAGUCGCCCUCAGUGGGAUGAGGAGAGUUGACUCAGGUCAGGAUCACUGUCAUCAUCGUCUAAAGAUAAAAACCUCUCAAAGGAGCUUCUUUCUUGUCUCGUCUAAAUGUCAGUGAACUUGGUUCCUCUCAUGUCAAACAUGCAUUUAAGAUGGUAGCAAGUAGAUUUAUUGAUUUAUUUAAAUUCCACUAUCACGGGUAAAGCAGCUGAGAGUGAGCCGACCUUUGACCUUAGCCUGUCCUUGCAGUAACACCUGUGAUGUAGGGUUGUGUGCUAAACCACUCCAGUGCCUUCUGAUGUCCUUUUCUAAGUGUGGAAUAAAUAAAGUGCAUUCCUGACUAA